AUGAACUUAAUCACGACAAUUGUUACCAUCACCAUCGCACUAUCCAUAGUACUGGCUACUGUUUCUUUCUGACUACCACAGAUCACACCGGAUGCAGAGAAACUGUCCCCCUAUGAAUGCGGAUUUGACCCCCUAGGAUCUGCCCGACUACCUUUUUCCCUGCGCUUUUUCCUUAUCGCCAUUUUAUUUCUUUUAUUUGACCUAGAGAUCGCCCUUCUUCUACCCCUCCCAUGAGGAGACCAACUAGACACCCCCACCCUAACACUUGCUUGAUCCGCCGCCGUCCUUGCCUUACUCACCCUUGGCUUGAUUUACGAGUGAACCCAAGGAGGCCUAGAAUGGGCUGAAU